GAAGGGCCAAGCGGUCUAUCCAUCGUAGAUCCCUAACUUUGAACCUGAACCUGAACCUAACGUAAUCAAUCCAUUUCCCGUCUUGCCCAAAACUUAUCUUCUACGUACCUAUUUACCUACCUACAUACAUUUAUUCACUUCAUUCUCUACUGCUUACUUGCUAGACAACUAGGUUACUUGCUUAGACCUGAUACGUCUUUACUCUCUCCUACAUUACCAUCUAUCUAUAGCUACGCGGCAAUCCUAGGGAAUUUGUCAUGUCGCUCCCUUCAAACGUCCAUGUCUCUAAGCACCCGUGCUUGGUGGCCAAGCUGAGUCGUCUGCGGUCCAAGAGCACAGAAUCUCGAGAAGUCAAGUCUUUAAUAAAUGACAUCUCCUUGAUCCUCGGAUGCGAAGCUUUAGCCGCAUCAUUAACGCCUGUUGAUGGGCCAAAGGGCGAGACUCCCAUCGGGUACGAGUACACUACCACGACACUACGGCCGGAAACCUUAUCAAUAGUCCCUAUCCUUAGAUCAGGACUCGGUAUGGUAGAAGCGAUACAAACCCUACUUCCCGAACCCGUCCCCGUACACCACUUGGGCUUGUACCGGGAACCCAGCACGCUCGAACCCGUCGAAUAUUAUAAUAAUCUUCCGCAUCAUGUCUCUACUUCGGCAAGCGAGCCUGGCACGAAUGCGUCGAGCCUAGCUAUCAUCGUAGACCCCGUCAUUGCAACUGGAGGAACUUGUGUGGCUGCUAUACAGACGCUCAAGGAGUGGGGUGCUAAGCGCAUUAUUGUCCUAUCCGUCAUCGCAGCCGCCGAUGGUGUGUCUCGCGCUGCUGAGGAAUGGCCUGAGGCUGUGGAUAUAUGGGUUGCGGGCGUCGACGCUGAGCUUACACCGAAUGGUAUGCUAAAGCCGGGUGUAGGAGAUGUGGGUGAUCGCUUGUUCCUGACAAUAGGAAAGUAAAGAUACCAACGAUAGAUCGUCCGUAUGAAUGAAAUGAAU